AUGGCGCGGCCCCCGGAGUCCUCCUUUCCUACUGGUUCCGAGGGCAGUGCUCUCCGGCCACAUCAGCUGUCGCCCGAUCAGCUCACUACUUUUGUGGGCACGUGUCUCCCCUCGGAUUCUGCUGCACCAGUUGACCGGAGCCGGUGUUUGCGCAUUUCAGGGACGCCUGUUCCUUGGCCCCCACCUCCUGUCCCGGAUACUCCUGACAGUGAUUGGCUUGGCGUCUAUCUUUAUACGCCACACUAUCCGCCGAUGGCUUUUGCUCUGCAGCCUCGUGAGCGCACUUCCCGGUCUGUGGAAGACUUAAUCCUUUCCACGGCCCCAGGAGCUCCGUCAGGCUUGUUUGAUGCUAUUGUUGCAUUGAGGCCGCAGCGUUUCCCGGAUUAUGCUUCAUAUAUCCGCUUCCCCAGCAUUAUUGGUCGACUAGGGGAUGAAGGCUUCGCUGCUGUUGUCUGUGACCUUUCGAGGGUUGGAGGCCGAUGCUUCGCUACUACCCUGCCAUGCAAUCUCUCAGUCGAGGCUUUGGAGGCUUUCAUCAUACCGCUUACGCAGCAUGAUGAGCGGUCUCUCCAAUUCUUUGUAGGGGUUGCUUCAGGGUCCUGGUCUCCUCGAGAUCUCGUUCGCCUUGUGCACGGCGAUGUUGUCACGGUGAUCUUUGAGUCGUGCGAUCCCGACCCUGGGUACUGUAUCGAGACGCUCUUUUUGCCUGACACUGGUUGGGGCCCUCUCCACCAUUGCUUCCCUCCGGAGCUGCAUGCGGCUACGUGUGUUCAUUUUCAGGACCAGAGGUACACCUUCCAAGAGCACUUCUAUUUUGGACAAACGAUUGUCCAAUACAUUGCUGAGCGAUUCCGUCUGGCUCCUGAUGCCAUGGCCACGUGCUCUUUCCCUAUUGGUAACCUUGAUGUUCAGGGCGCUCAUUGUGCUUUUCUGGUUGCUGUUAAGGAUUUGCCUCCGACUAAUGUCUCAGAUGAUUCGAGGCCCGCUGCCUGUGGCUUCUUUGUCCUGCUUGACCUUCGGCCGCUUGGGUAUCGGCCACGGACGGUCUACUCCAGCCAGUCUGCCCUUCAUCUUCCGACGCUGAUAUCCGAUAUCGAUCUAACCGUGCCACCGGACGUUCGUGUCGGGGUCAAGGGCGGCCGCAUGAGUGGUGAUCACGUUUUCUUUGAGCGCAAUUGUACACUUCUCUUCUUUGCUGAAGUGUCGCCGGUUGCUACUGAGGUUGGGCAUACUUCUCGCGUCGAUGCUGACCUUCGAGGCCUUACUCUUCCUGCUGCCUUGCCUUCGCCCGAUGGGCUGCUUCCGCCCCGUGUCGGCGGCGCUGCCAUUCCGUCUGAGCUGGCUCCAGUCUCCGGUUCGGGAAGUGCCACUGCUACAGCUGUGCCUCCGCCCGAGGUGCCUGGGUUCACCUUGCAGACUUAUGUGUAUACCCCGGACAUUCUCCCCGAGCUUGUGCCAGUCUGUGUCGCUUUGCCUCUCUCCGUCGGAUCGCUUACUUCUGCUGUACAGGCUGAGAGGCUGCCAGAGGCACGUCAAGGCUUUCCGGUGCUCAUCCCUGUCUCCCCGCAGCCUAUGGCGGGACAGGCUUUCUACGUCGCUGAGCCCCGAUGGCUCGUUGACGGUGUAGUUGUCAUGUUGGACUGCCGCCGGCUUGAUGGCUCCACCUUUGCCGCCCUGGUUGCGCAUUCACUAAGUCGUGAGUCGCUUUUGCUCGCCGCUGGGCAGCCAGCGGACUCAAAUGCCCACGUCCAUGUGCACGGCUUGCUUCGCCCUUUGGGUCUUCAACAGCGCAUCACCCUUGUCUCUGGUAUGUGCAUUAGCUUUGUGCCUCGAGGCGAGGGCGCACCUGCUGGACACGAUUUGUCCGCUCAAUUGAUGAGUUGUGAAGGCUGGGAAGCCACAGCUCUCCCACUGGGCCCCCGCCUUUAUCCGGGCAGCCACAUGCGGGUUCUCACUGAUGCGUGGCCCUUCAACUUUGAGGUCAAGCCUGGCCGCCGAGCCUCUUUCAAGUCGGACGUCGCUGUCAUUCUGGGCGCUCCUGAGUUUCGCCUGUCCUUUAAGUCGGCUCGGCCUCGCAUUGUUGACGGGUUCUUCUUUGGCGUUUGGACCUCUGACGUUUUGGUUGUGACCGAGCAGCUGUCGAGGAUACCGUUCCCUCCUGCUCGAUGUCCCGACCCUCGUCUCGUUCUGAUACUGGAUUGUCGGCGUAUCCUUAAAGGCAUUGUUUGGCAGCUUUGCUCGGAUUCGCUUGUUGCUGUCCAGCCUCUCUCCGCUCGCUUCCAGCACGCGUGUCCUCCACGCCACUCAGUCUCUAUCACUGGUGCUCCUGUUGUUUCUGGAGCUGACGGUGUCUUCUUUGAGAUUGUUUCCAGCCAGGUUCUCAUCGUGGAGUUUGUUGAGGAGACUGCUGAUGUUGACUUGCCUCCCCAUCAGCCGCCCCCCUUUGAUGGGGGGCCUUCUCGUGGUGGUGAUCCGGGUCCUGAUCACCCCCCAGGCAGGCCGAACUCUGGGUCUGGACCUACAGCUUCUGCUGAGUCUCCGUCCUUGGCUGUGACGCGAAUCCGCAGCCGGUCGCCUCGUGCUGUUGGUGGCGAUCGUGCUGGAGCUGUAUUCUGUGCGUUGACCAAUCAGGUCUCUGCCAUCAGGUCCUACCAGGCUAGGUCAGGUCGAGAAAUCAUGUGGGGUCCCGUUCCUCUUCUUGAUGCCAUUGCUGAUGGCGCUCGGGCCCUCACCCCUGUGCUCCCUGAUCGCUGGCGGACUUCUUGCUUCCUCGCAGGUUUUCAGGUGGCUGACGCCUUGCCUUCGCUAAGUGCCUGUCGCCCCGCCUCACUUGGCUGCCAGACAUGGUUCUUUGGUGUGGGUGUGCUUCUUUUGGCCUUGCCAGUGGCUGACGCCGGACCACCCUUUGUUGACGAUUCGCUUGCGGCUUAUCGCUCUGUUCGUUUGCCUCUUGUGGCCGUCACACCUGCUCUCUUUUCGGCUGCCCUUCGCCUUCUUUCCGCGUUCGGGCGGUUCUGUGAAGUUGUGCUUCACUACUGGUUGUUGCCAGUCUGCUGCCGAUUCCUUCAGGAACCUUUAGGGCGUACGCCAGGGGAGCAGCGUCAUAUUGAUCAGCUGCGUUCCAUCACUCAGCUGCUUGGAGGGCCUUGGAUGCCCAGCUUGCCCAAUGUGAUGUUUGAUCAUGUGCUUGAUCUUGACACUGCCUCUGCCGACCCUUCUGAAGAUUCAGGUGAGUUCCGAUUGGUUAGUUGCGCAGUCCUUAAGCACGACUAUGCUGUUGAGCUUUUCACUGUUGCCAUCCGCAUCCCUGCGGUUCAGGGCGAGCUUGAGGAAGCUCUCCAACAGGCUCGUAACCCUACUGCUCGGCACCUCUUCCCGUCCCUUUUGCCUGCAAUUCCCCAACCACAUACCGGUACUGCUACCUUUGUGGCCGCACCCCGAUGGUGUCCCUUUCAUCACGGUGUUGUCUUCGAUACCAGCCGUUUUGAUGAUCGGAUAUUUGUGGCUUUCACUCCUGCCUACGCUAGCCGCGGGGUUCUGCUUCGCAUAGCUGACCUCCCUGUCCACCUUGGCGUGGAGGUUUGGGUCGGCCUUGCGGAUGAGCCGUUACGGGAUGGUCUUGAGAUCCACCUCUUUCCUGGAGCUGUGGUCUGGUUCCUUCCUGAUGGCGAAUUUCCACCGUUCACGUAUACCCUGGGAGAAGCUCUCCAGGUCUUUGGGAUCUGGAGCUCUGAGUCGACGCUGCCUGUUGCACACUUUGAGUCAGCUUAUUGCUUGGCUUACCAGGGACAGGGGCAGCUCCUCGUUCUUGCGCCACAAGAGGCCACCCGCUACCGUGAACGUAUUGCUGCUGUAACUGGUGCUCCGGUUGCUAGAAUGCGGCUUUAUGCCUCGCAACCCCCUCCUGCCGAUGCGUCUCUUAAUGGCGUUGUAUGUCGGUCGGUUGUGGCUGUCGGUGUUGUGAGCUUUGUGGCUCAGUCACGGGAUUGGCAUUUGAUUCUGCUUGAUUGCCGCCCGAUCGAGGAUGGUUGGCGGACUUACCAUGCUUAUGCUGGGAUUGUUGACGUCGAUCGUCUCCUUGAUGAGAUUGGCAGCGAAGCGCCCUUAGGAUGGCAUGCUCACUUACUUGGGGACCUUCCUCAGACGGGUGAACUCACUACGGUGCCCGGCCAGGUGAUUGUUGUCGGCUAUGCCCCAGAUUCCUCUGGUACACCUUCUGCCCCCUUUGUGCCUUCGAGGGCCGCCGGUUCCUCUGCACCUGAUGCUCGGCCAACCGGCGAUGAGGUUCCUUACUCUGCUUGGGACGACGAUGACUUCGACGACCCUGCUGUGCAUGGCCCUCUUGCUUCCGGCUCGGCGGACGGUACUGACACUAUUGAACUUCACUUCCUUGUGCUGGUACCGGAAUAUGGGGCUGAACACGUUUGUGUUCCUACGCACCUUCCCACCUCGGCCGGCCCUAUCACUGGCUUGAUUUCUGAGGCUCGUGACGUCAAUUGUUCCCGGAUGUUUCCUUGGUUGAUGCUUCCGGCUGUUCAGCCCUCGCUCUCGUUUGCCUGUGCCUUGGCCCUCCCGCCUUGGGAGUUCCCUGGCGUGCCCGUUUUGGUUGUUUGCUUCGUCCCUCCCUUUCGGAUCUUCGCCGCUAUCCUCCCGGCCGUACUCACUGUGGAUGCUAUCUUGCACUUUUCCGGCAUCGGUGAGGGGGUCGCUGUUCAGGUGUUUGUGGCGGACGUGCCUUGGGCCGCACCUCCAGAUGCACAAAUCCACGUUAAUCCUGGGGAUUUGCUCACUAUUUCGCCGACCGGGACGGCAGGUGCGCCGCCUCUGCAACUUCAGGUCAUGCUGUCGUCCGGGGUAGGAUGGCACACAGAUCCGAUUCUACCAGGGCCGUACGAUGAGGGUGUUUGGUUGCUUACCGAUCAGCGACAUCAGCGCUUGGUGCCUCGGUGGCGCCCCCCUCUUCGUGCCUUGGCGGCCAACAUCCUUCGCAUCCCGGAAAGGGAGCUUAUGCUUAUGCCUGCUACUCCAGCCAUUCGUGACCAUGCUUCGCGUGGCUUCCCCUCACGCCAGGUCUUUUUGGCUAUCGAACAUAACGAUCGGACUGCCAUCCCGUUCAUCCUCGACCUUCGCCCUGUUCUUCUUACGAUUUCAUGGGCGAUUGCUCCUGAGGGUAGAGUCGAUGUCGCUGCCAUUUGUGAGCGCCAAGCUGUGCGAUGCCCUACGGGCUUUUGUUUGCGGCUCACUGGUGGUCAUGCCGUCGGUGACAGAGGCAAUCACUUUCGCUCUGUCUUCCCGGGACAGGUCCUAGUAGUCGAGUUUGUGCCUCGCCGGCCUGGAGGCUUCCGCCGCGAUACCGAUGAUGGAAGGCCACCUGGUGAUGAUGUUGACCGCCUUUCCGACCAAGAUGACGGUCUCUUUCCGCCCGGUGUACCACCUGAGGUGCCCGGGCUGGACGCUGGCACUGGCAGCACUCAGCGUGCCUUUUCGGGUCCUUCUGCCCCUGGGUCUUGCGGGGAGUCUGACGGUCGAGUAGUCAUGUGGGGUCUUGGUUUAGUACUCGGUGCCUUUCUUGACGGCAACCAACACUCCACCCCUGUCCUCCUGUCGGCAAUUGCCCCCCUUCUUCGAUUCAAGGCCUCCGGCGGAUGCUUACUCAAUGAAUGGGCUCCUCUCUCUCUCCUUCUUCGACUUUGGGCAGCUGCUGCCCUUGGAUUUGGCAUGACUCACCGUGGUCUUGCCCUGCUGGUUUCCGCCGGCUUGUGUGUCGCUGCUUUGGGUGCAUGUUCCCGGAGCGCUGAGGGUAUUGGCUCCUCCCGUAACGCGCUCCUCUUUCUUUGCAUCCUCUGUGCUUUGGCCGUGCAGCCGGCAGAGGGAGUGCAGAUCUUUGAUCUUACUAGGAGUCCUGAUAGGGAUCACCCAAUUGGGAACAUUGGUGGGGUAAGGGACUGCAGUUGCCCGGUGCAACCUUCCAGUGUUGCUCCUGUUAUUCCCUUUCCCUCUCGGCCAGUGCCUACUCCUUGCCGCGGCCGCCUGGAAUCUCGGCCAGCCGUUGCCACUCAUGCUUCAGCUGACGUUUUGGCUGGGACUGUGCCGGUCUUUUGCCCCUCCAUGGAUGCCUCAGUCUUUUCCCUCGCAGUGGAUCUUGGCCCGCUUGUUACCCUUCUUGAGGACAGCGCGCAGCGUGACCACCAUUGGGCUUUCCUUGCGGCUACGCUGCUGGAUACUCUGUGUGAGCACUUUGAUGGGGCUGCCGUGCCUCUUGACCGUGUCCCUCGUCAAGCCCUCGCUUCUCCUACCAUACUCAGCCUGGCGACUGCUCUUCCGGUCCGUUCUGGCCCAGCCACAGUAUCUGCAGGAUGUGAGGUCUUCGAGCUGGAUUCCCGUCAGUGCCAACUGCCUUGCUGCAUCUCUGAUGUGCAGCGCCUGUUUUCCUCGGUGCCAUUUGCGGCAUUGCGGGCUGCUCCUACCGGUCUUCCGCGGCCGGAUCGCUUUGCUUGCUGGCUCGCCUCGGGAAGCCCUGGCCGCUCGCCCGCCCCCGAUGAAAUCCUGGUGCUUACUUCUGAUGGUUCUUUCUCUGCUGAUGACCGCAAGUCAGGCUGGGCCGUCGCUGUCUCCCUUGUGUCUGGCACUGAUCGUUCGCUCCCUGGGCAGUUCAUUGGGUGCUUCGGUGGUGACAUGAUGUCCUUCGCUCCCUUCUGCCCCUCGGAUACUCGACUCUUGGAUGCCUACCUUGCGGAGGUCGCUGGCCUCUUGUGGGCCGGCGUGGCGGCUGCUCAGUUGCCUUGGCAUGGUGAUGUUCUCUUCCGUGCCGAUAACGUGUCAGCUCUGGCUGGGGUUCAUGGGGAGGUUAACAUGAUUCCUCACCUGAUUUGCACUCUGGCCCGGAGCGUCCAUACUGCCUUGCAGGUCGGGGCACAUUGCCGCCCCAGUUAUCAACACGUCCCAGGCCAUGCUGGGGAUGCGGCCAACGAGUUGGCAGACGCUGCUGCUUCCCUGGCAGCCUGUGCCCGAUUUUCUCCUGCCCCCUUCUCUUUUGAUCUCGGCCUCUGGGGUUCAAAUGAGGGCAGCCGUGCUCUUUGGCUUCCUCAUCUUUGCCUUUCUUUGGCUCGGCCGGAUGAGGUGCCUGCUCUGCAUAGAGACGUCCACUCUUGGGCUCGUGGCGCGGGUGUCUGCAAUGAGACCCCUACCUUUGCCAUGGCCCCUUUUCUCCGGGAUGCUGCUGACGCGGGAGAGACAGGUCAGGCUCGUGGUGUCUGCUUGAGGCUGGCCACCUAUAAUGUGCUUUCCCUUCUUGGUGAGGCCCCUCCUCACCGCCCCUCUAUUGAGGGCCUCCAUGGGGCCACAGGCAGGGUCUCUUUGUUGGCCCGCGGACUCGAUGAGGCAGGGGUCCAGAUUGCAGGCCUUCAGGAAUGUCGUACCCCACAGGGGACUCUUCGAGGAGGCCCUUAUCGUCGCCUCUCUUCUGGCGGUGAUGCCCAGUCCUGUUUUGGGGUCGAGUUGUGGUUACAUCAGCGCGCGCCUAUCGACGCUGAGUCUGCUGUUGUCCUGCACGCUGACCCUACUUGCUUGAUCGCCAGUGCGUCCUUGGGGGAAAUCCCACUUCGCAUUCUAGUAGCCCACUCUCCUCACCGUGUCCAUCCCGAUGAUGUCAAACGGGCCUGGUGGACACGGGUCCAUGAGCUGUGUCGGGUUUUCUCGGGAGCCUCGCCGUGGCUUUUACUACUUGACGCCAAUGCCCGGGUUGGGUCUGAUAACAGCCAGUCUGUUGGCCCCUGGCAAGCUGAUACUCAAGACCUGAAUGGUGAUCUUUUCCAUCAGCUCCUUGUAUACUUGGGCUCGUGGCUUCCCGCCACCUUUCAGUCCUGCUCAGUGGGGGACGGCAAUACACUUUAUCAAAAGCGCAAUGGGUCGCUGGCCCGGUCCGACUAUGUCGGGAUUCCACUUGCCUGGGCUAACGGUGUUUGCGAGGCGUGGGUCGAUCCUUCGAUUUCUGCUGGUCAUCCGUGCGUCGACCACUUCGCUGCUGUGCUGUCUGUCCGACUGGCCUUGCCAGUUGCUCGUCGGGCUCGCGGAAAAGCCCCCCGAAUUUCAGCCAGUGCGCUUGCAGACCCCAGCAAUCAGGCCCAGAUCCUUGGCAUUAUCCGGGCUGCCCCGCGCCCCGCCUGGGACAUUGAUUCCAGCGAACAUGCCGCGCUUGUUGUCGACUAUCUCUACCGGCGGCUUGUUGCCUGUUUCCCUGCUGCACAACGCAAGCUUCGCGCCUCCUACCUUUCUGCCCAUGCUGCCACUUUGCAUCAUGCUGUGUCCGCCCUUCGCCACCGGGUGCGUUCACUUAAGCUGGCACUACGGCUUGCGAGCUUGCGCUGCGUCUUCGUCGCUUGGCGAGGCCGACAGGCCUACCUCGACGUUUAUAAGGGUAGCUGGCUCUGGCAAGUCAAGGAACACUUGGGACUUAGUUGUUUGCUUCUUGGCCGGUUCGGGCGUCAGCUUCGUCGACAAUGCCGUUCCGACAGGGCGAGCUAUUUCGAGUCCCUGGCCACCGAUCUGGCAGGUGCUAGCGCGCAGGAGCUCCACACCCAAGUCCGUCGUGUUUUGAAGCCGCGGCGAUACAGAAGGGCCGGGAUUGAUCCUUUGCCCCUGCUCCAACGUGCCGACGGCACCACUUGUGCCAGCUUUGCUGAUUCUGUCACUACUUGGCGUGAGCACUUUGCGGCUCUGGAGGACGGCGUGGUGGUGCCCACUGACGACUUCGUUCAGACCUGUCGACAGCGCCAACAGGCUUUUGAUGGCACCGAUGUGGUUGAUGUUGACACGGUUCCGUGCUUUCGCCACUUCGAACAUGCACUGCGAGCCUCUGCGCCCGGUAAGGCCGCCGGGCCGGACCUGAUACCACCUGUUUUGUUGCGCGGUUUCAGUCAUGAUUUGGCUGACCUGCUCUGGCCACUCAUGCUCAAGGUGAUCUUCCGCGUUAUAGAGGCAUCCUUGUGCAAAGUGGAUUCGCGAAGGCCAUGCAUCGCACCGCUCGUCACCUGGUCGUGGGGCAUUGGUUGCCUCACGCACUCCCGAGUCAGAUCGGAGGUUCAGGGCUGUUCUGGUGCCAUUCUCUUCUUAGAUCUUGCCAGCGCGUACUAUGGCGUGGUGCGCGAGACAGUGUUGGGGUCCGGGCUCUCCGACCGCCCGGUGGAGGACAUCGCUGCCUCCCUUGGCCUCAACAGUGACGACCUGCAGCUUCUACGGCACCAUGUUGCAACUGAGCCCAUCUUUCAGACCCAGCAGGCCUCCCCGAUCCUUGAGGAGCUGGCCCGUGAAAUGCAUUCUUCAACAUGGUUCAUGCUUGCGAGGGACAACAGCCUGGUGCACACUCACCGCGGCACCCGCCCCGGGGGUGCCCUGGCAGACAUCGUGUUUAACGUUCUCUUCGGCAAAGUGCUCUGCCGUAGGGACGCUGACGCGCUCCGUGAGAGCGUGCCGAUGUUCCCCUGGGACGGCGUCCGGGCCCCUUUUGCUUCGCACGGCCCACAGAGUUCUGAGAAGGGGACCCCACAGCCUCUUGGUGAUGUUGUAUACGCGGAUGAUCUUGCCACCUUCGUGUUAUGUGGGUCGGCCGGGGAGAUGCGUUCAGCACUCAGUGGUGUAGCUGCGGCUACCCUCGAUGUACUCGGUCCCCAUGGACUGAGACCCAACUACGGCCCCAAGAAGACCGCGGCCUUGGUUGCGAUGCAUGGCCCUGGCUCCCGUGCCGCUCGUAGUGCGCUUUUCGGUUCUAUGGGAUGCAAGCUCCCGGUCCUCCUCGAGCACUCUGGUAUGAUUAAGCUUGACUUGGUUGCCUGCUAUCGUCACCUUGGCUCCCAUCUGUCCUAUGACGGCAGCCUGACUACUGAGAUUAAGUACCGUCUGGCUUUGGGGCGCGCUGCCUUUAAGGAAGGCCGUCAGCGGCUCUUUGCAUGCAGGCAGGUCUCCCUGGAGCGUCGCGCCUUUCUCUUUAAAACCUACGUGCUCUCGGUUGUUAUGUCAGGUGUGGGCACUUGGCCUUGGUUGACUGGGUCGGAGUGGCAGCUCUUUUCUGGCGGGAUCAUUGGGCUUUACCGCCAGCUUCUGUGCCUGCGUUCUUCCGGGGGGUAUGCAGUUACCACUUCGCAAAUCCUGGCGCGUUCCGGCCUCCCGUCUCCUGCGUCGCUUUUGGCUGCUGCAAGGCUUCGCUUCCUUGGCCAACUUGUGCGUCACGGUUCCGACGUGGCAUGGGCCGUCCUUCGUUGGUACACUCCGUUCCAACGAGCUGUGUUGCACUCUUGCCAGUGGCUCCUCCAGGCGGUCCGUUCGACCUCCUCCCUCACUGAUCCGGAAGUUAACUGGGAGACCUGGCGUCAGGUGAUUUGCGAUUCUCCUGGCCACUGGAAGGGACUGCUCAAGCGUGCCGAGGCAUGGCACUGUGAGGUGAUUUCAUUCACGGCCAGUUGUGACUCUUUUGUUCGCAAGGUUUGGUCCCCUUGCUCCCCCUCGGCCACUGCUGCUGUCUUUGCUUCUUGUGCGCAUGCUUGUCUACGUUGUGGAAUUGCUUUCCGAACGCAGCAGGCCUGGGGAGCUCAUGCUCACCGAGCCCACGGUUACUUGAGUCCAGCCCACCGCCUUGCCGUGGGCCGUCGUUGUGUUGCUUGUGGGCUGAUUGUUGCUAAUCAGACUCGCUUGCGUAAGCACUUCAAGACCUCACCGGCUUGCUUGCUGGUAGCGCAGUCUGCGUCUGGUACCUUCGCCGUUGAUCUGUCUGAAGGCCAGGUACAAUGCCCGGCUGUUGCAGGGGUCCCUAAGGCUUCGUUACCGCCCCCCGCCCCUGUUCUUUGUCCGGAACUCUUGCACGACCUGCGCUCUCUUACUGACUGCAAUGACCAGACUGUUUACGACAUUGUCUGUAAACACAUCGAGCCCUUGCCGGUUCUUCGCCGUACGCUUGAGGCUUGGGUACAUUCUGUUGUGGUUGAGGCGCUUCGGAUUGCCGGCUCCGAUGUUUUGCUGAUCCUGCACGCUGAACACCUGUGCUCUCAAGUUUCUGGUCUUGAGGAGUUGAUGCCGAGCGUCCUUGGCUCCUUCUGUCCGCUCAUUUGUCCUGUUCCGACUGCACUGCCGUUGCGGGUGGCUCCUGUGCGUUGGAUUGGGGCGCUUUGCCACACUUGGGUCAGCCGACUGGGCUUGGAUUCCCGCCCUACUGCCCCUUUGGUAUGGCCCUUGCGUGGCCCGACUCUGGCCUUCCCUGUUGCGGCUUUUUGCUGCUGUCCUCCGAGUCCGCCUUUCUCCCUUUCGCAUGUCGUCGACCAUAGUUCCUGUUCACUCCGCCAUCUUCGGGCCAAUUCCCGCUGGUUCCACGAUGUGCUGGUGCUACUUGAACUUUUGAUGACUGCUGUUCGAGAUGGGAUUCCGGUGAUGCUUCGCUUUGCCUGCACUCCUCAGGCUUUAGGGCCGGUGGCAGAAUGGCUAAGCCUUCAGGCUGCCUCGGAGGGACCCGAUUUCCACAAUUGUUUCACUCUUGAAUUCGCAUAG